AUGGUGUUUUAUCCGCCAGCCAGGGCCGGGGAGCUCCCGAAGGUACCAGACGAUGUUCCGAUCUGCGAUUUCAUGCUGGACGAGAAGAGCGGUCGCAUGCCGUUUGCUUCGUCGAGAAACCCUUUCAUCUGCGGCAUUACAGGCAGGACAUACUCGGUGGCCCAGGCCGCUGAACGGGUCGACGUCCUCGCUCGCGCGCUGGCAAGGGAGUUUGGCUGGCAUCCAAACAGAGGCUCGGAGUGGGAGAAGGUCGUCGGCAUCUACAGCUUCAACUCUAUUGACUAUCUGGUGCUAUGCUGGGCUAUCCAUAAGCUGUCUGGCAUUGUGAGCGCGGCCAACGCAGUCUACUCUGCACCAGAGCUGGCACAUCAGCUGAAGGAUUCGCGCUGUCGGGCCCUGUUCACCUGUCUUCCAUCCUUGCCCGAUGCAUUGGAGGCUGCUGAGAAGGCCGGGAUUCCAAAGAGUCGUGUAUACAUUAUCGAUCUCCCUGCCGAGUUCACUGGUUCGGCAAAGACUCCCACAGGGUUCAAGACGCUGGAGCAGUUUAUAACUGAGGGCUACUCUCUUCCACCCCUCGAGAAGACCAAAUGGGCUCCUGGCCAGGGUGCGAAACAGACUGCCUUCCUGUGCUAUUCGAGCGGGACCUCUGGCUUACCGAAAGGUGUGAUGAUUGCCCAUCGAAAUGUCAUCGCAAACACCAUGCAGAUAAAGCAACAGGAGCAAUCCGAACGGGACGCUCGAGUCAAGGACGGAAAGCCGGCCACGGGAGUUAGCCUGGGUCUGCUGCCUCAAAGUCACAUCUAUGCACUGGUGGUCCUGUGCCAUGUCGGCCCCUAUCGUGGAGAUUCGCUCGUCAUUCUCCCCAAGUUCGACAUGGCGCAGUAUCUUGGAGCUAUUCAGAAACACAGAAUCAGCACCCUGUACCUGGUUCCCCCGAUCAUUAUUGCCAUGCUGCGAAAUAAGGCAGUGUGUGACAAGGUAGAUCUAUCGUCAGUGUCUGCCAUUUUCACAGGCGCCGCACCACUUGGUAAAGAGACGGCCGAAGAGCUUCUGGCCUGGAAGCCAUCGUGGGCCAUCAAACAAGGCUAUGGCCUUACUGAGACAUGCACGGUCGUAUCGUCCACAACCGUCUUCGAUACCUGGCUGGGUUCGUCGGGAUGCCUUCUCCCAGGCUUUGAAGCCAAGGUCGUCUCUCCCGAGGGCACCGAACUGACCGGCUACGACCAGCCAGGUGAACUCGUCGUACGAUCCCCUUCAGUCGUCCUGGGCUACCUCAACAACCCCAGGGCAACCGCAGAGACUUUCCAGGACGGCUGGAUGCGUACCGGUGACGAAGUAGUAUUCCGCAUCUCGCCAGGGGGCACCGAGCAUCUUUUCAUCGUCGACCGUAUAAAGGAACUGAUCAAGGUCAAGGGCAUGCAAGUUGCACCCGCCGAGCUAGAGGCUCACGUCCUCUCUCACCCUGACGUCGCCGACUGCGCCGUCAUCCCCGUACCCGACGAGAGAGCCGGAGAACUGCCCAAGGCCUUCGUCGUCCGGGGAGCCUCUGCUGCCGGCAAGGAUGACGCCGAGCUCACUAGGUCGAUACAGCAGUACGUCGAAGAGCACAAGGCCCGACACAAGUGGUUGAAGGGCGGCGUCGAGUUCAUAGAUGUCAUCCCCAAGAGUCCCAGUGGUAAGAUCCUCCGUCGCCUGCUUAGAGACCGGGAGAAGGAAACUCGAAGGAAGAAAGAAGCGAAGUUGUAG